AUGAAUACAAGCUAUUUUGCAACAUCAGAAGCCAUUGAGUUCUGCUACAGUUCAUUCAACGGUUCCUGCAUGAGAUCCAUAAGAUUAGUCAGCACACAAUACAUCAUGUAUGUUGCACUGUGUUCAGCAAUUUUGAUGACUGUUAUUGGAAAUGUGACCAUAAUCAUCUCAAUUUCCCAAUUCAAACAGCUUCACACUCCUACAAAUUAUCUUCUUCUUUCUUUGGCGGUCACUGACUUUCUGGUAGGAAGCUUUGUUAUGCCAUACAGCAUGGUGCGAUCGAUUGAAACCUGCUGGUAUUUUGGAGACUUAUUUUACAGGUACUAUGCUGUGUGUGAUCCACUGAGAUAUCCAGCACUGAUUUCUGGCUCUGUCACUGGGAUAAUGAUCAUAAUCUGCUGGGCAGUCUCUGCAGGAAUCUCCUUUGGAAUGGUCUUUCUGGAACUUAACAUAAAGGGAUGUGAAGCAUUUUACUAUCAGCAUGUAAAAUGUAUCGGAGGAUGCACUUUGUUCCUCAGUAAAGAAGCAGCGUUGCUUUCUUCCAUGAUCUCGUUUUACAUUCCUGGCUUUGUUAUGGUAUGCAUCUACCUAAAGAUAUACUCUGUGGCAAGAAAGCAGGCCAGAUCUUUAAAAGAUAUAACAGUACGUCAUCAUACACAAGAAGACAGACGUAGCCAACUCUCUGGAAAAAGAGAAAGAAAAGCAGCAAAAACACUGGGGAUAGUCAUGGGAGUCUUUCUCACAUGUUGGUUUCCAUUUUUCUGUUGUAAUGUAAUGGAUCCUUUUCUAGGGUAUGCCAUGCCAUCUGUUUUGGUAGAUGCACUAGUAUGGUUUGGUUACUUAAACUCUACUUUUAAUCCAAUGAUAUAUGCUUUUUUUUACACAUGGUUUCAAAAAGCACUGAAAAUGAUUGCAUCAGGAAAGCUUUUUAAACAUGACUCCUCAAAUGCCAGGUUACAAUAUUUUCAUGAUGAAUAA